AGUUCUGAGAAUUCGGACGGUGGGUGCGAACAAACCGAUGAUUGCCUUACUAUGGAAAAGUACGAGGAAUACAUGGAACUGCUAGGCGAUAUAAAACAGCCGAAAUGCGUGGAUUGUAGCAAUGACAUGAGUGGGUUCGCUGCUCGCGCCAAACGCUCACUGCUCAGCAACAGCAUCUAUAAGGCCGAUCAGCAGUGCUAUCCGUGUUCGCCAUAUGAAUUGUCUCAGAAUUAUCUCCCUUCGCAAGGCUAUGAUGGAUUUGAUGAUGGAGAGGCGGAGGUAAGCAGAGGGAAAGAAUCCAGAAAUUCAUUCGAAACGGAUUUCGAAAGCAAGCAGGAAUUGGGCAACAAUGAAAACGACAGAGAUCUGAUGAACAAAAUCCAUUUUGCUUAG